UCUAGCAAAAGCACAUCAACCCAUAUCUGAGUCAAGACCCCAUGGAGAGGCAGACUGGACCAUUAGCGUUCUUGGAUCAGUUCAGACGCAAACCACUCCCACGACUGUUUGUCAGUUUUAGGGGGGAGGAGUUACGGAACAGCUUCGUCAGCCAUGUGGUGAGGGCCUUAAAAGAGGCAGGGGUCAACGUUUUCAUAGAUAGCCAUGAGGUGAGAGGGAGAGACAUCAGAAUCCUUUUAAGGAGGAUCGAAUGCUCAAAGGUGGCGCUUGUGAUCUUCUCUGAAAGGUUUGCAGAAUCAGAGUGGUGCUUGCGCGAGGCAACGAAGAUAGCUGAGCAAGUAAGGGCAGGGUGUCUCGUAGCCAUCCCUGUCUUCUAUAGGGUGAGAACUGAUGACGUGAAAAUGCUCGAGGGAAAAUUUGGGGAGUGCUUUGUCGAAACUUUGGAGAAAGGAGGGGGCGUGGAUCAUCCAUUAGGUGUGCGUUGGAUGAACUCUGUUAGGUUCAUUGCGAAUAUGACAGGCUUCACCUCAGAAGUUCAUAGUAUUGAUAACGAUCUUGUGGAGGAGAUUGUUAAGGCCAUAAAGAGACAGCUACCAUAUCAGUCACCAGCAAGCAAAGCACUUGAGCGUGAAUUUAUAAGAGAGCUUCUCUCGGCUGCAAUUGUUUCUUGCAUAUGUUAUUUUCUAAUACCUACUCUUUUCACUGAUUUGAAAUUCUUUGCCAGCCCGGAGUGGUAUUUGGUUGUCGUGAUGAUGUUUGUCAUAAGGAAGAUUAUCUUGUAUUUGGAGAGCUGAUGUGUAUACUCAUUAUCUCUUCCUCCCUACUGUGUGGUUUGCUUCAGUGUCUCUGUACUUUUAUGUUGCAUGCACCGUCCCUGUAAAAAAUCAUGAUUCUUCGUUGAAAUAUGAACAUUUCGUUCUGUUAGUUUUU